AGUGGAGAGAGGGGUUCGGUGUGGGCCUACAUUCACAUACGCUGUUAUACGAUGGAAUGUGAAGGUUUGUGAUAUGUGUCCAGGCGAUACAGCACGAGUCGUCAUAUCCAGCCAAUCUACCUGCGACGGAUACUGUAUGAUUGAUAGCUGAUCAAGAUGUGAAGGGUCCUAGGCUCUGAUGGAGGACAAAACCUCAUCACGUGCAGAUAAGAUAAUCUAGCCUUGGCAUGGUGAGCGCGAUAACCUUAAUUUUUUUGUUCGAAGAUCUGCCAGCCAAACUCUGCUGGCCGUCGACUUUUUGCUCGCGUUACCAUUUGACUGUAAUCAACCCACGCGCACAACAUGUCGAAUCCGGAUCUCGCAUCGAAGAAGAGAAAGAGAAAGCACGGUGCUGCCAAACCUGCCGAUGCGCCUGCCCCCGUCGUCGCCGAAGAGGAAGUCGCCGCCGCCCCGUUUGCUGAAGUGAAGCCGCGCAAGAAGAGCAAGACUGCCGAAGCAAGAGCAAAGGAUGUGGAGAAGGAGGAGGAAGUGAACGAGAAGCUGCGCGAGGUUGCCGCAGAGUCAACAGUCGCAGAAGUCAGCGCGGAUGCGGCCGCUGAAGUCUCGGACGAGGAAGAGGCAGACGAGGCCAUGGAGGAUGCAGAGCAGGAUUUGCAGGAUAUUGGCGAGCCCUCAGACUUGCCCUCAGCGCUUGGAGUCUCGCUUCCCGGACAGGAUGCUCUGCCCGAAAAGUUCACCGACAUCAACCUCUCGGACAAGACACUCAAGGCGCUCCAGGACAUGAAGUUUGAGAACAUGACCGAGAUUCAAGCAAGAGGUAUCCCUCCUCUUCUCGCCGGAAAGGAUGUUCUGGGAGCUGCAAAGACUGGUUCAGGAAAGACUCUGGCCUUCUUGAUCCCCGCCAUCGAGAUGCUGCACUCGCUCAAGUUCAAGCCCAGAAACGGAACCGGUGUUAUUGUCGUCUCUCCCACCCGUGAACUCGCCCUCCAAAUCUUCGGUGUCGCCCGUGAACUCAUGGCUCACCACUCGCAAACUUUCGGUAUCGUCAUUGGAGGUGCCAACCGCCGCGCCGAGGCCGAGAAGCUGGUCAAGGGUGUCAACCUGCUCAUCGCUACUCCCGGACGUCUCCUCGAUCACUUGCAAAACACACAGGGCUUUGUCUACAAGAACAUCAAGGCUUUGAUUAUCGAUGAAGCCGACCGUAUUCUCGAAGUCGGUUUCGAAGAUGAAAUGCGCCAGAUCAUCAAGAUUCUGCCCAAGGACGAGAGACAGACUAUGCUCUUCUCUGCCACACAAACAACAAAGGUCGAGGAUCUUGCAAGAAUUUCGCUGCGACCUGGACCUCUCUACAUCAACGUCGACCACAGGAAAGAGCACAGUACCGUCGAGGGUCUGGAGCAGGGCUUCAUCGUCUGCCAACCCGACAUGCGUUUCCGCCUGCUAUUCACUUUCCUGAAGAAGCACCCCAAGAAGAAGAUCAUCGUCUUCUUCUCGUCGUGUAACUGUGUCAAGUACUACGCCGAACUCCUCAACUACAUCGAUCUGCCCGUUCUGGACUUGCACGGCAAGCAAAAGCAACAGAAGCGUACAAACACUUUCUUCGAAUUCUGCAACGCCAAGCAGGGAACUUUGAUCUGUACCGAUGUUGCUGCCCGUGGUCUCGAUAUUCCCGCAGUCGACUGGAUUGUUCAGUUCGACCCUCCGGAUGACCCAAGAGACUACAUUCACCGUGUCGGUCGUACUGCCAGAGGCGCCAACACCAAGGGUAAGAGUCUGAUGUUCUUGCAACCCAACGAGGUCGGUUUCUUGAAGCACCUCGAGGAGGCUCGUGUGCCUUUGACCGAGUUCGAGAUGCCCGAGAAGAAGGUUCUCAACAUUCAGAGCCAGCUGGAGAUGUUGAUUGGCAAGAACUACUACUUGAACAAGUCGGCAAAGGAUGGUUACCGCUCAUAUCUCCAAGCCUACGCUUCCCACUCUCUGCGCUCAGUCUUCAACGUCAACGAAUUGGAUCUGGUCAAGGUGGCCAAGAGCUUCGGCUUCAACACACCGCCGCGCGUGGACAUGCAGCUCGGCUCUAGCAUGAAGAUGGACAAGAAGCAAGGUGCUCGUCGCGCAUACGGCAGUCAACCAAGACAAGGUGGAAACUACAAGCGCCAACGCCAGGAUUAAAGCGUAUCUGAAUAUUCUCGAGAGAAGAGAAUAUGUUUUCUGUGUUGCAUUUUCUACAUACGACUUUUUUUUUUUAUGGUAGCGGGCGUUUGAAAAGUGUGCUUGUACAAGUUUAAUCAAUCUUGUUCAUUUUUCUGGAAGCUUUUCUCGAUCGUUCGUCGCUUGGUGACGUUGUCACCGAAUUUGUUGCUAACCAGCGGACGAUUGGAAUGCUUUGCGAAGGAGGCAACGAACGAAUGGGUCCAUGUGUAUAAUUUCGCACCAUGCAUUGACUUUUUGGAUGUAUCGAGG